CCCGGUUCAUGUACCAGAAUCAACUUCUCCCAAAUAAUCAAGCGAUAUAAUAUAUUCCUAUCCGCAGCCUCAGCGUUUCCUCGCCUUGUCUUACUGUCUUGCAGGCUGGACGACAGCUGCGCUUGUUUCUUUUCCGCUGUCAGGGCUGCUGAGGGAACCCGGUGACCCGGGAGGCGGCCAAAAUUACGAAGUAAGACCUGUCACAGGCCACAUGCUCUUUGACGCCCGCAUUACCCAACUCAAGGUCAUCACUACCACCCGCCUAUCCUCGGUAUUACGUCUGGUGCUCUCGCCUGUCUCAUAACCUUUAGGGGAAGCUUUGAAGUCUUCCAUCCUCCUCCGUCUUCUAUCGAAAGCUCUACUACAAACGCUCACCGGCUUGUGUUCCGCGAAUCAUGGCUUAAAAGUCACAACAUGGGCAAUUCGUCACGGAACCUGUGUUACUGACGACUCGUGGCCGCGUGACCUAGCUCACCUAUCUACCUUACCUAGGUACCUUAGCUAAAGCUUGGCUUAAGUUGUGACUCUGUACUACCUCUGUCUAGAGUAGUAUUACUACUACUACACCACUUUGGCAGCCGAACUUUGGACUCCUUCCUCUCAAGCCAUACUUUCAACGCUGCGAGUAGCAGGUGCAGGUCGGGCAAGCAUAGUGGAAACCCGACUCACAUAGUCGAGCCAUCCUGGUUGGCCGGCCCUCCAACUCUUCCUGAAAUUCAGGACUAGUAGCAUUAUGGAUGUCAAGCAGACUAAGAUUCCUUUUGCGCAGACAAUAGAGGGCGUUCACGCCAUUACCGGUGGAACCGCGACUUUAGGUAUCCUCAAGCUCACCGAUUAUCAUAUCAUAUUCUGCGUUCCUCCUCCAGCCGGCAGUCCGUCGAACACUCGCCCUAGAGAGAACUUUAUUUCGUAUCCAAUCCUGAACCACUGCGCAUUUCGGCCAACCCCGCCGUCGAGCGGGAUACCUUCUUCGAUAAGGCUGCGGUGCCGCGACUUUAGUUACGUCACUUUCAAUAUCCCCGACGACAAGACUGCUCGUGAAGCAUUCGACUUCAUUAAAACCAGGACUUGCAAGCUGGGCUCCAUCGAGAAGCUUUAUGCGUUCACCUAUCAACCAACGAGACCUGAAAGAGGGCUCAACGGCUGGGCUUUGUAUGAUGCAAGGGAUGAAUUUCGGCGCCAAGGGGUGAGCGCAAAGGCCAAGGACCUCGGGUGGAGGAUAUCGGAUAUCAACAAGGACUAUGUCUUUUCUCCGACGUACCCGUCCGUUCUCGUUGUGCCAACGUCCAUCUCGGAUAAUGUCCUUAAAUACGCCGCCAAUCAUCGGUCACGAGCUCGAAUUCCCACCUUGACAUACCUUCAUCCUGUAAACAACUGUGCGAUCACGCGGAGCUCACAGCCGUGCGUGGGGCUUCGUGGUAAUCGCAGCAUACAGGAUGAGCGACUCGUCGGUGCCUGCUUCUCGGCGGCUAUCGCGGACUCGGGCGCCGGCGGUUCAUUUGACUCCAGUCCGUCAACCAGCCAAACAGAUUCACCCGUCGUGUCUGUACCCGAGCCAGGUCUCACAGAGACGGAUCGUCACGAAGAUGCAGUGGUCGGCGGCCCUGGUACCACGUUUGAGUUCGAUGAGAAGACUGGGAAACGGGUUAUCUACGGCGCCACGCGUCAAAAUCUGAUUGUUGACGCGAGGCCUGCUAUCAAUUCUUACGCAAUGCAAGCAAUAGGACUGGGUUCUGAAAACAUGGAUUACUACAAAUUUGCAAAGAAGGUCUUUCUUAAUAUCGACAACAUCCACGUGAUGCGAGCGGCUCUUAACAAGGUCAUCGAGGCCAUCAAGGAGGCCGAUGUAUCUCCUUUGCCUCCCAACAAGGAACUUCUGGCAAAGAGCGGCUGGCUGAAGCACAUCAAUGGCAUCCUGGAGGGCUCUCACCUGAUUGCUCGACAAGUCGGUAUUUACCAUUCGAAUGUACUGAUACAUUGCUCAGACGGUUGGGAUCGCACAAGCCAGCUCAGUGCACUUUCGCAGAUCAUGCUAGAUCCCUUUUACAGGACAAUCGACGGAUUCAUAAUAUUAGUGGAGAAGGAUUGGCUAUCGUUUGGACACAUGUUUCAACGACGAUCGGGCUUUCUCAACCACGAACAGUGGUUUGUCACUCAAAAUGAUGCCAUGUCAGGAGUAAGAAUCGAACCCAACGAGAAUGAAAGCCGCGGCGAGGCCUUGGAGAAUGCAAUGGCUUCAGCCAAGCGAUUCUUCUCGAAGAAUCUCAGCCAGGACAAGGAUGAUUCUGAUGGCGAAGCCGGGGAAGGCUAUAAUGCAAAGAAUGCAACAGCGCCAGUCUCGGAGGAUCAGGCUACGCGACCCAAGGAGAUCAGUCCCGUAUUUCAUCAGUUUCUCGACGCUACAUAUCAGCUAGUGAGGCAAAAUCCGACGCGCUUUGAGUUCAACGAACGCUUCCUCCGCCGACUGCUCUAUCAUUUGUAUUCCUGUCAGUAUGGCACCUUCCUAUUCAACAAUGAGAAGCAAAGAAAAGACGCCAAGGUUGAGGAGCGUACUUCGUCGGUUUGGAACUACUUCUUAUCACGUCGCCCGGAGUUUACCAACCCAGAGUACGAUCCUGUCGUAGACGACAUGACACGCGGCAAGGAGCGACUACUCUUCCCACGUGAGGGUGAAAUCCGUUGGUGGCACCAACUAUUUUCUAGAAGGGAUGAGGAAAUGAAUGGCGCACUGGACGAGGCGGCGUCGGCAGCAGAGAAAAUUGCCACCUACCAAUCAAUGUCAUCAGGGCCGCAGCCCAAUACAGCUCCUGGAACUCCGCAUCCGCCCGGAAGCCCGAAGCAAGCACCGCCGAGCCUCCCAACCAGCAAAUCAGUCUUGGUGGGUGUUGAAAGCGGGCACCCGAUCCUCACGCCAGAAAAGCGACCGGCGGAGCUUCCUAGACGCUCAUCCGCAUCUACUUCGGAGUUGCCGGAAGAUCCCUUGGGUGCUUUACAAGAAGGUCUCGGGAAUAUUAAAGUGCAACAGGGCGUUAAGCGUGUCGUUGGAAAGUCUGGUGGGAUCGGCGCGAGCGGGCAGAACGGGAGUGGCGGCGUUUCAGGCUCAAGUUCUACGCCAGGGGGUGAAUCUGGCAAAGAAUUAGCAACUGGCUCGCAGCCAUCGACUACGCCGUCAACCGUUAAGCAGCUUGACGGCGUAUCUCAUGUGGAAUAG